AUGAUGCCUCUCCCCUCCUCGGCCUGGCUAGCUCCUCAGUCGUUUUCCUGCCGCUGGUUAAAUUAGUCAGCUUUGUAUGAGCUCUGACAGUAACUAGCUAUUUGAUGGUUUUGCUGUAAUCCGGUGGCUAAAUUCAGUGACUAUAUAAAGCUAACAAGUAUCUUAAGCCUCUUAUACUGUUUGACUUGUGGCUUAGUGCCAGUGUUUUGGGCUAACCGUGUCUCAGGCUAGCUUAGCGGGACUGCAGUUCUUGUGUCUGAUUAUUUGCAGGGUGGCUAAAGUAGCUUUCUGCAUAAUUUUACAGUCGAUCGUGUGUAAACAAAAACUCUCCCAUCUGGACAGCCCAUCAUCACCAUGACUGCAGAAGAAACCAUAAAUGUGAAAGAGGUGGAGAUCAUCAAGGUGGUCCUGGACUUUCUCAACUCCAGGAAGUUGCACAUCAGCAUGUUAGCACUGGAAAAGGAGAGUGGCGUCAUCAAUGGACUCUACUCAGACGACAUGCUCUUCCUCAGGCAGUUGGUUCUUGAUGGCCAGUGGGAUGAGGUUUUGCAGUUCAUUCAGCCUUUGGAGUGCAUGGACAAGUUUGACAGGAAAAGGUUUCGUUACAUCAUCCUGAAGCAGAAGUUUCUUGAGGCUCUGUGUGUGAAUAACGCCAUGUCUGCAGAAGAUGAGCCCCAGCAUUUGGAGUUCACCAUGCAGGAAGCAGUCAAGUGCCUCCAUGCUCUGGAAGAGUUCUGUCCCUCUAAAGAUGACUACAGCAAACUGUGUCUGCUCCUCACACUGCCUCGACUCACAAACCAUGCUGAGUUCAAGGACUGGAACCCGAGCACAGCCAGGGUGCAGUGCUUUGAGGAGGCGUGCAACAUGGUGGCAGAGUUUAUCCCUGCAGACAGAAAGCUGAGUGAGGCUGGAUUCAAAGCCAGCAGGGAUAGACUCUUCCAGCUGCUUCUCAAAGGAGUCCUCUAUGAGUGCUGUGUGGAGUUCUGCCAGAGUAAGGCGACAGGUGAAGAGAUCACAGAAAGCGAGGUGCUCCUAGGUGUAGACAUGCUGUGCGGUAACGGCUGCGACGACCUGGACUUGUCUCUGCUCUCUUGGAUGCAGAACCUGGCUCACAGCGUUUUUUCCUGCGCCUUUGAACAGAAACAACUCAACAUUCACAUUGACCGCUUGGUCAAACCCGCAAAGACUGGUUACGCUGAACUUCUCACUCCGCUCAUUAGCAAACUCUCACCGUACCCCUCUUCCCCUCUUCGCCGCCCCCAGUCUGCUGAUACCUACAUGUCACGCUCCUUAAACCCAGCACUGGAUGGGUUGUCUUAUGGGCUGUCUGGCCAGGACAAGCGGGCAAGUGGUGGGGAGGUAGCACCAGGUAAAGGGGUCUCUCCAAUGUCUCAUUCAUUUGCAAACUUCCAUUAUCCUGGAGCAGGAGGGCAGAACUUGAGCAGGAGUCUUAUGAUGGAGAGCUCCGACUGCCAUAGCAUCUUUGAGGAAUCCCCUGAAACGUCACGGACAGACACACCCGUGGAUAAGAUGAUGGGCUCAGGGGGAGCUCAGAAUGUGCGUCCUGCCUCAGCUCCGGGUGAGGACGCACCAUCAGCUGGUUCUGCUGACAGGAACGAGCUUCGGGACUCAACAGAGAAGUAUGAGGAGUAUUAUCGACAGCGUCUCCGUGUGCAGCAGCACCUUGAGCAGAAGCAGCAGCAAAGACAAAUGUACCAGCAAAUGCUGCUGGAGGGAGGCGUGCAGCAGGAGCCCCCGCCCAGUGACAUGCAGCACAGCCUCACAGAGAAGUUCCUCAACAGGUCCAUUCAGAAGCUGGAAGAGCUGAAUGUGGGGAUGGAGAACCUGGGAGAGGAGGUGAAGUCUCUGGCCCAGCAGUGUAAUGGCAACGGGAACACACCCACCUCAGAGGACAAUAAUAAUCCUCCAUCUGUGACCCCGGAGCAGAGUCGGACCAAAGGGGGAGGGGUGCUCAGCAGCACCCCACAACGCACCGUGGGGGAGUGUGUGGUCCCACCACCUAAUGAGUCCCCUGUUGUCUCACAGAGUGGGCAGAAACCGAAAGGUCAACAAGGUGAUUCGCCUGGCUCCUUAUCCCGAAGAGGAGAGAGUGAUAAACCAAAGAACCUGUUUGUACCAGUGCAUUCUUUGGAGGAUACUCAGGCUGUCCGAGCUGUUGCUUUCCACCCGUCUGGAACUCUGUACGCUGUGGGAUCCAACUCCAAAACGCUGCGUGUGUGCGCUUAUCCUGAAACACUGGACAUAAGUGGCUCAAGUCCAACAAAACAGCCGGUUGUUCGCUUUAAGAGGAACAAGCACCACAAAGGCUCCAUCUACUGCGUUGCCUGGAGCCACUGCGGGCAGCUGCUGGCUACAGGAUCCAACGACAAAUACGUCAAAGUCCUGCCUUUCAGCGCAGAGACAUGCAACGCCACAGGUCCAGACUUGGAGUUCAGCAUGCAUGAUGGUACCAUCAGAGACUUGGCCUUUAUGGAGGGUCCAGAAAGCGGAGGAGCCAUCUUGAUCAGCGCUGGAGCAGGAGACUGUAAUAUCUACACCACCGAUUGCCAGAGAGGACAAGGUCUGCACGCGCUCAGUGGACACACAGGUCACAUUCUGUCUUUGUACACAUGGGGAGGCUGGAUGAUUGCCUCCGGCUCUCAAGACAAGACGGUGCGUUUCUGGGAUCUCAGGGUGCCCAGUUGUGUGCGAGUAGUAGGAACUGCUUUCCACGGCUCAGGCAGUCCAGUUGCCUCGGUAGCCGUCGAUCCCAGUGGUCGUCUCCUAGCAACAGGACAGGAAGACAGUGCAUGCAUGCUGUAUGACAUCAGAGGAGGACGAAUUGUUCAGGUGUACCGGCCGCACAGCAGCGAUGUUCGGUCCGUCAGGUUUUCACCCGGAGCACAUUACCUACUUACUGGUUCCUAUGACACAAAAGUCAUUGUCACCAACCUUCAAGGUGACUUGACCAAGCAGUUGCCUCAGACUGUGGUGGGAGAGCAUGGUGACAAGGUGAUUCAGUGUCGGUGGCACACACAAGACCUGUCCUUCCUUUCAUCUUCUGCUGACCGUACUGUCACACUGUGGACACACAACCCCUAACACACUCCAAUAUACAGCUACUUGCUAUCAUUUGAAAAACAUGCACAUUCCCCAUCAACGGUACUGUUCCUCCUUCUCUGUCAUACCUUUCCAACACUCUGAAUCUGAAAACACACAUUCACACCGCAGAUAUACAACUAAAUAAAUGAGCCUUUCCCUCCUGUCAGUCAGUAACCAAAUGGAUGUAAACUUCUGAAACAUCAAAAGCACAUGUUGCAUGUUCAUCUGUCACCUUGUGUGUUCAUACUGACAGCUGGAUUAUUCAUUUCUCUCCAUUCAUUCCUGAAUCCUGGAUUUCCCCUCCUUACAUAUGCCAGUCAUUUGCUGCAUGUCAUCAUCACUGACGAGUUGAGGUUUAACGGUAAAGGAGUUCUUUGUUCAUGAUGGUGCCUUCCUUAAAUUCUCAGUUUCCACAGCAACAAUGAUGCUGUGGUCAUUUUUCAUGAGCAAAUUUUAAGUCAUUUUGAGAAAUUGUACAUUCCUUCUUUUGCAUAUCAUUUUUUUUUCUCAUCUGGUGUAAUGCUGCUAUCUUAUAGAAAAGAAAAGCUAAUGUAAAUGCAUUUUCAGUGUAUCAGUAGUGUGUGUUUCCUAUCAGGAGAGUGAUUGUGUGGUUACUCUUUUACCCCGUUGAUUCCCUGUGGGAUGUCUGUUACUGUAUCCACUGCAAUGCUACAACUCAAAAUGUGUAAACUAGAUGGUGCAUCUGUUUUAAAUCUGAAAUUUUUUGUUUUUUUUAGCUAAAGCUUUUAGUGUUUUGCAGUGGCUUUCUUGCAAUGUCAGCAUCAAAGGGAAAUAGAGUUUGUGGUUUUUAGUUUGGCACACUUAACAGUAAUUUUCCAGUGAUCAGAAGCUUUGGUUUGUGUCAUGCUAUUGUGGUGGGAUAACAGUAGAUGGCAGUCUUUGCCUGACAAGGAUCUAACUGUAUGCACAAAGAAAUAUGGAUGGAAGAACGGGUGUUACGCUAUUUAUUUAAGACCAGUAUUUGGGGCAUAUGCAUUGUUUUGUUCAUAUAUUUUCCAUGCGCACUUUGUCUUUUAACAUUUUCUUCUCAUAUUGAUUCACUUACAAAGAGUUUAAGUUUUUAUGUUGAUGUAUAUUGUUUUCAGAAAUGAGGCCAAACUAAUACGUACAUAGAAGUAUUUAUUUGAGUCGUGUUUGUUUGUACAGCAAUUUGUUUUGGAAAUGCUAGUGGCUCUUAUAUUAAGCCUUUUUUAAUUCUUGUUUUUAAAAGUGACUUAAAUUAAUUCAAGCUAACUAACGUCUGACUGCUGGUACGUUCAAUAAAGUGUCUUUUACAAGUUG